AUGGGUCCCAACCGUACACCAAAAACCAUUCGUCAUCGAGUGCCGGCCCCUAGAUCCUCCCCUCGCAGACACAAUAUGCUACUGCGUAGUAUCACACGGCCUGUAGAGAUUAUUCAAACCCCUGCCACUGUAGAUCCUUCUACUCCAAAUUCUCCGGUUCACACGAGCGAGCACUCAUUCCUCAAUGAGACCUCCGUCUGCCCUCACAUUCCUUCCCUUGUUCCACCCUCUGAUGACCUCCCCAAACCAGAGGAGGCUUCCAGUUCCUCCCUUGGUCUACCUCUUGACCUUGUUAUGCCAGAGGAACCUGAUGCUACAUCGAUUUUGGAGACAAUGUUCAGCGAAACUCGCGAGAAAUUCUAUGACGAACAGGAGAAGUCGAUACAGUUUGCAAUUGAGUACGCCGAACUUCUUUCACAACAGUGUAGUGAUUCCGCAAAGAUCAUCCUGUUGAAAGACAUUAUGCGAAAGUUGGAUUACUCCUGUCCCCUAUGCAAGAAUCUGGCUUGGAACCCCCAUUGUAUCACCACUGAGCGACGAAAAGGUGUCGCGUCCGGCAAGCUAUGUAAAUGCCUACAUUGUGGUUUUCCUGUCUUCCGAAAGCCCAAUCCAUCCAUAAUGAUCCAGCAAGUGGUUGAACGGAUUGCCACGAAGCUGAAGAUAGUACAGCCUCCCCGACAUGAGCUCGAUUGGAUGGUUGUUGUGUGA